AUGAAAAUUGCUUCCUUGAUUUCUGGUUCCACAGAUUACACUCGCCUCCUCUCCAUUAAGGACAAUGUGACGAGGGAAGAGAAGCCAAUUCUUACACGAGCGAAAGAGGUGAUGUUUUUCAAGAGCUUGGCUCCUCCUCUUGUUGCUGCCCUUCUUGUCUUAUCUCCAAUUUGCGCCACUCCACUUUCAAGUGCUCAAUCUGUAGAUAUUCAGAGAGGAACCACAUUGUUUCGUCAAGCUUGUAUUGGAUGUCACGAUGCAGGUGGAAACAUAAUACAACCGGGGUCAACUCUAUUUACAAAGGAUUUACAGAGGAAUGGAGUGGAUACAGAAGAAGCAAUCUAUCGUGUCACCUACUAUGGCAAAGGACGAAUGCCAGGCUUUGGGAAAGAGUGCAUGCCACGGGGUCAGUGCACAUUUGGAGCUCGUUUGGAAGAUGAAGAGAUCAAGAUAUUGGCUGAGUUUGUCAAGUUACAGGCCGAUCAAGGGUGGCCAAGCAUAGACACCCAAGAAAAGUGA